CACGGCCCGGCCCCGUCCCCGGAGGCGGCCCGAGCCGCCGCUAAGCAGCCGCGCCUUCGCCUCCCGCGUUUCCUGCCGCCCGCCCUCCCCCGGCCGGGCUCCAGGGGCUGCCGCGGAGCGGCUCCCGGCGGGAGAGCAGCUCAGAGCGCGCACGGGGGCGGACGGAGGCGGCCUGGUUCUGGGCGGCCGCGGCGGGAGAGGCGCGCGCGGAGACGCCGGCCCCCCUCUCGGCGUUUGCUCCCUCGCUCCCCGCCUCCCGUACUCCGCUCGCUCCCACCUCUUCCCGGCGUGAUUGAUCCGUCACGGGCGCCGCCGCCGCGGCCGUUCUGAGCGGAGCGGAGCCGGAGCCCGAGCCCGAGCCGGGGCUGGGGCCGGCGCCAUUGCGCGGGCGCCGCGGGGAGAGCGUGGCGCGGGGCGGCGGACCGGGCCAGGCCAUGCGGGCCGAGUGAGCCGGCGCCCGCAGCCCGCGGCGCGGCAUGGCUUCCCCGCGGAGCUCCGGGCAGCCCGGGCCGCCGCCGCCGCCGCCCGCGCGCCCGCUGCUGCGCCUGCUGCUGGCGCUGCUGCUCCCUCUGGCGCCCGGGGCCUGGGGCUGGGCGCGAGGGGCCCCCCGGCCGCCGCCCAGCAGCCCGCCGCUCUCCAUCCUGGGCCUCAUGCCGCUCACCAAGGAGGUGGCCAAGGGCAGCAUCGGGCGCGGCGUGCUCCCUGCGGUGGAGCUGGCCAUCGAGCAGAUCCGCAACGAGUCGCUCCUGCGUCCCUACUUCCUCGACCUGCGACUCUACGACACAGAGUGUGAUAAUGCGAAAGGGUUGAAAGCCUUCUACGAUGCAAUAAAAUAUGGGCCGAACCACUUGAUGGUGUUUGGAGGCGUCUGUCCAUCUGUUACAUCCAUCAUCGCAGAGUCCCUCCAAGGCUGGAAUCUGGUGCAGCUUUCCUUUGCCGCCACCACUCCCGUCCUAGCUGACAAGAAGAAGUACCCUUAUUUCUUUCGGACUGUCCCAUCAGACAAUGCUGUGAACCCAGCCAUCCUCAGGCUGCUAAAGCACUACCAGUGGAGGCGAGUGGGCACGCUGACUCAAGACGUGCAGAGGUUCUCCGAGGUGAGGAACGACCUGACUGGGGUUCUGUAUGGUGAGGACAUUGAGAUUUCAGACACCGAGAGCUUCUCCAACGAUCCCUGCACCAGUGUCAAAAAGCUUAAGGGCAAUGACGUGAGGAUCAUCCUUGGCCAGUUUGACCAGAAUAUGGCAGCAAAAGUGUUCUGCUGUGCAUAUGAGGAGAACAUGUAUGGUAGCAAAUACCAAUGGAUCAUCCCGGGCUGGUACGAGCCUUCCUGGUGGGAGCAGGUGCACACAGAAGCCAACUCAUCCCGUUGUCUCCGGAAGAGUCUGCUUGCUGCCAUGGAGGGCUACAUUGGUGUGGACUUCGAGCCCCUGAGCUCCAAGCAGACCAAGACCAUCUCGGGAAAGACUCCACAGCAGUACGAGAGAGAAUACAACAACAAGAGGUCAGGCGUGGGGCCCAGCAAGUUCCAUGGAUAUGCCUAUGAUGGCAUCUGGGUCAUUGCCAAGACGCUGCAGAGGGCCAUGGAGACGCUGCACGCCAGCAGCCGACACCAGCGGAUCCAGGACUUCAACUACACAGACCACACACUGGGCAGGAUCAUCCUCAAUGCCAUGAAUGAGACCAACUUCUUCGGGGUCACGGGUCAAGUUGUAUUCCGGAACGGGGAGAGAAUGGGAACCAUUAAAUUUACUCAAUUUCAAGACAGCAGGGAGGUGAAGGUGGGAGAGUACAACGCUGUGGCCGACACGCUGGAGAUCAUCAACGACACUAUCCGGUUCCAAGGAUCCGAACCCCCAAAAGACAAGACCAUCAUCCUGGAGCAGCUCCGUAAGAUCUCCCUACCUCUCUACAGCAUCCUCUCUGCUCUCACCAUCCUGGGAAUGAUCAUGGCCAGCGCUUUUCUCUUCUUCAACAUCAAGAAUCGCAAUCAGAAGCUGAUCAAGAUGUCGAGUCCAUACAUGAACAACCUUAUCAUCCUUGGAGGAAUGCUCUCCUACGCUUCUAUAUUUCUCUUUGGCCUUGAUGGAUCCUUUGUCUCUGAAAAGACCUUUGAAACACUUUGCACUGUCAGGACCUGGAUCCUCACUGUGGGCUACACAACUGCCUUUGGGGCAAUGUUUGCAAAGACGUGGAGGGUCCACGCCAUCUUCAAAAAUGUGAAAAUGAAGAAGAAGCCGGACCCAGCGGGCCGGGACAUCUCCAUCCGCCCUCUCCUGGAGCACUGUGAGAACACCCACAUGACCAUCUGGCUCGGCAUCGUCUACGCCUACAAGGGGCUUCUCAUGCUGUUUGGUUGUUUCUUAGCUUGGGAGACACGCAAUGUCAGCAUCCCUGCACUCAAUGACAGCAAAUACAUCGGGAUGAGCGUCUACAAUGUGGGCAUAAUGUGCAUCAUCGGGGCGGCCGUUUCCUUCCUGACCCGGGACCAGCCCAAUGUGCAGUUCUGCAUCGUGGCGCUGGUCAUCAUCUUCUGCAGCACCAUCACCCUCUGCCUGGUGUUCGUGCCAAAGCUCAUCACUCUAAGAACAAACCCAGAUGCAGCAACUCAGAACAGACGAUUCCAGUUCACUCAGAAUCAGAAGAAAGAAGAUUCUAAAACAUCCACCUCGGUCACCAGCGUGAACCAAGCAAGCACAUCCCGCCUGGAGGGCCUGCAGUCAGAAAACCAUCGCCUGCGUAUGAAGAUCACAGAGCUGGAUAAAGACUUGGAAGAGGUCACCAUGCAGCUGCAGGACACACCAGAAAAGACCACCUACAUUAAACAGAACCACUACCAAGAGCUCAACGACAUUCUCAACUUGGGGAACUUCACUGAGAGCACAGAUGGGGGAAAGGCCAUUUUAAAAAAUCACCUCGAUCAAAAUCCCCAGCUACAGUGGAACACAACAGAGCCCUCUCGAACAUGCAAAGACCCCAUAGAAGAUAUAAACUCCCCAGAACAUAUCCAGCGCCGGCUGUCCCUCCAGCUCCCCAUCCUCCAUCACGCCUACCUCCCGUCCAUUGGAGGCGUAGAUGCCAGCUGCGUCAGCCCCUGUGUCAGCCCCACCGCCAGCCCCCGCCACAGACAUGUGCCACCCUCCUUCCGAGUUAUGGUCUCAGGCCUGUAAGGGUGGGAGGCCUGGGGCCAGGGCCUCCCCCAUGAUGGAACCACAUGGAGCAGUGGCGUCUGCUGCAGGAACACUGUCGGCUCUGGCUGUGGAGAAGCUGGGCACCACAGCUGGCCUCCCAGGACUGCUCAGAUGGCGCUCGAGUGGACAGGAUGGAGGGCACUUGGCACCUGACCUUGUACCUUAUUUGUGAAGAUUUUAUUCUUUCACAAAGAAGAGAAAUGGAAAUGACUUCUUUCUUAACAUCUGCAGAGGAGGAGGAGCUGGGAUGUUUGAAACUUUGCAA